AUGGUGCUGACAUCAUUUAUCUGCACCAUUCUCACCCUUGCACUGUGGCUGAAAGCCGGUGAUAAAAUGGCUUCGAUCGUCUGCUAUGCUGUGCUAUUCGGCUUUUGGAGUGGAGCAGCGAUUAGCCUGACGCCCGUCUGCAUCUCGCAGGUCUGCGCCACGCAAGAUUAUGGGAAGCGCAAUGGGACCACGUUCACGAUCGUCAGCAUUGGGACCCUGACGGGAAUCCCUAUUGCAGGAGUGAUCCAAGAACGGGAUGGAGGCGGCGGCUAUGGCGGUCUGAUCGUUUUUGGCGGUGUUUUGUAUUUCGCGGCUACAGUUGCCUUUACUCUGGCCAGAGGUGUUUGCAGUGGAUGGAAGUUGACCACCAAGUUCUAG